AUGGCACCCACCAAGGAAGGACUCGAGAUGCAGGACAGGGAGCGCGACGCCGCCUUCAACAAGGCCAUGCACGGCAAAUCCGCCCAGGCAACUGGUGGCAUCCGUGCCAUGUUCGCCAAGGGUAGUGACGCGAAAAAGGCCGCUGUCGACGAGUACUUCAAGCACUGGGAAAACCAACCUGCCAAGAACGAGACCGAGGAAGACCGCGCUAAACGAACUGCCGAAUACGCCACCUUAACGAGACACUACUACAACCUCGCGACCGACAUCUACGAAUACGGCUGGGGCCAGUGCUUCCAUUUCUGCCGAUACUCCAUCGGCGAGAACUUCUAUCAGGCCAUUGCCCGCCAUGAACACUACCUCGCACACCAGAUUGGCAUCAAGGAGGGGAUGAAGGUGCUCGACGUUGGCUGCGGUGUGGGUGGACCUGCCCGGGAGAUUGCCAAGUUCACCGGCUGCCACGUUACUGGUCUCAACAACAACGACUACCAGAUUGAGCGCGCUACACACUACGCACAGAAGGAGGGUCUCGCGAAGCAAUUGGCCUUCGUCAAGGGCGACUUCAUGCAAAUGGACUUCCCCGACAACAGUUUCGAUGCCGUCUACGCUAUCGAGGCCACCGUCCACGCACCUAAACUCUCGGGUGUGUACAGUGAGAUCUUCCGCGUGCUGAAGCCCGGCGGUAUAUUUGGUGUGUACGAGUGGUUGAUGACAGACGACUACGACAACGACAACCUGGAGCACCGCGAAAUCCGACUCGGCAUCGAGGAGGGUGAUGGUAUCUCCAACAUGGUCAAUAUAUCCGAAGGUGUCGAGGCCAUGAACAUUGCUGGCUUCGAGAUGCUCCACCACGAAGAUAUGGCGCAACGGCCUGACCCCAUCCCCUGGUACUGGCCGCUUGCCGGUCGAUGGAAGUACAUGCAGUCGAUGGGCGACGUGUUCACCAUCGGGCGCAUGACGUGGUGGGGUCGUACGAUUGCGCACAACCUCGCCGGUUUCCUGGAGAUGGCGAGGCUUGCGCCGGCGGGCACCAAGAAGACGGCCGACAGUCUGGCCAAGGCUGCCGAUUGUCUCGUCGCCGGAGCGGAACAGAACCUGUUCACACCUAUGUACCUGAUGGUUGGAAAGAAGCCCGAGCAAUAA